AUGGAAAGCUGCGGAUCGGCAACAGCAGGUUCCAGCGCCCGCCGACAAGACACGACACGAUGCGCAGAGGCCGCGACCUUGACUGCCUCCUCGCACCCUUCACGCCACUCUUCCAGGCGCGUCCAGCCUAAGACGCCCAAUGCGGACCACAGCACGCGCUCUCAGCACCCAUCCCCCGCCGCAUCCGACCACGCCGACCCAGGUGCACGCGCACUCGUGCCUUAUCUGUCAUAUUCCCUAGCCAAGUGAAGUGCCUACACCCUUCCUACGCAUGUCCACACCUCGAGCACCAUGUCCACCAAGAGCAUCCGGCAGCGCCAGCCGCCCGCAUCAGUCCCUGUCAUCGAGAAGCUGAAGGCGCAACGGACCAAGGCUCCCGCAGAGCCAACACUCCCCGACCCCACGCAGCACCCGGCCGGCGAAGUCAAACAUGGAGUCUUCGCACAAGCCAUGCGCAUGUGUCUCUUCGCAGCGUACUUCAACGGCAGCAUCAUAGCUAUCGCCAUUACGCAAUACAUCGGCCUCCCGCUGUAUUUCUACAGCAAAGACCUAUUCUACGCAUGGAUGGCCAUGACAAAGCAGCACUUUAGCAUGGUCGUCACCACCAUGACGUACUGGUGGGCGCCCGUCACGAUGCGCGUCAGUGGAGACGAGAGCGUGCGAGGACAAAUGAGGAAGAACAAGGACGGAAUGAUGGAAUGCGACUUUCCAGAGAGAAUGGUCCUCAUCUCGAACCACCAGAUCUACACUGACUGGGUCUACCUCUGGUGGAUAGGAUACAGCGCUUCCAUGCAUGGCCACCUCUAUAUCAUCCUCAAGGAGUCGCUCAAAUACAUCCCCGUCCUCGGUUGGGGUAUGAUGCUAUAUGGCUUCAUCUUCCUCUCACGCAAAUGGUCGACGGACAAGGAACGCUUCCAGCAUAGAUUGAGGAAGCUGAGCACGAGUCACAGUGGUCCACUAUCUGGCUCCAAUGGUCUUGAUCCAAUGUGGCUGCUCAUCUUCCCUGAAGGCACAAACCUCAGCAAAAACGGUCGCGCUUCGAGCAAGAAGUGGGCGGAGAAGAAUCAAAUUGAAGAUCUGAGACAUGCAUUGCUGCCGCGAAGCACAGGCUUGUCUUUCUGCUUGCAGGAACUGCAAGGUUCUGUCGAUUAUUUGUACGACUGCACCAUGGCGUACGAAGGCGUCCCCGUCGGUCAGUAUGGCCAGGACCUCUUCACUCUGUACAGUACCUACUUUGAAGGCCGGCCGCCAAAGUCCGUGAACAUGUACUGGCGCCGCUUCGCCAUCGCCGAUAUACCUCUUCAUGACGAAAAGAUCUUCAGCGACUGGCUCCUUGCCCGGUGGCGCGAGAAGGACGAUCUACUUCAGUAUUUCGUUGAGAACCAGCGGUUUCCAGCAGACGAAGGCGAAACACCCAGCGUGGAUGGUGGAGCCCCGCUAAAAGGUGCUGGCUGGAUCGAGACUGACGUCCGGCCGAAGCUUUGGUAUGAGUGGAUACAAAUCUUCGUCCCGACUGCUGCAUUGGCGCUGAUCGUCAAUGUUUUCAUAAAGAUUACAAACAUCGUAAUGAAGGUAACAAGGGUGAAGUCAUGAAAUCAAUGGCUAUCGUAGAGGGUCAUGUUUUGCUGCAUCGCAGUUUCUGGAGUGUGGACUUUUGUGUUAUGUAGACCGGCUUGAUACCCUAUAUUCAUAUCUUCUCUCUUCCUUU